AUGACCGAUCAUCAGGAGCCCGCUCGGAAGCGCUCCCGAGUCGCCUGCGUUUCCUGUCAGUCGCGCAAACGUAAAUGUUCGGGCGACCAGCCAUGUACCACCUGCUGUCAAUUCGGCGUCGACUGCCAUUACGAUUUGCUGUCGCGCAAGAAGAAAGACAUCAGAUAUUUGCGACCACCAUCGGGGCCUGGCAGUAUUCUGGACGAAUCCUUUGCUUUGAAACCCCCACCGCAGGACCAGACCCAGGCCCCUGCGGCACCUGGCGCUGACUCGCCCCGGGUUGACCUCAGCUCGCUGGAAGCCAAUUCCGGCGCCGCCUUCGUGCGGAGAUUGGGACUGAAGAUGGACCCGGCCAAUGCCCCUCGACUUCAUAUGUUUGCCUGGAACGUCGGUGUGCGUCAUCCGCCCCCGUCGCCCAUGCCUCCGUCGUCACCGGCCGCCGCGGUCCCGGUGACGGAGACCCUAUCCCAGGAUGAGAUGCGAGCGCUGGUCGCCGUCUUCUUCGAGAAAGUCGAUCCAUGCUACGGGUUUCUGGAUCGCGACAGCGUCCUCCGUCAAGUGAGCCGGCGAUGGCUGCCUCCAUCCAACGAGUCUGCCCUGCCAUAUGGGCCCUACGACGCGGUGCUCUGCGGCAUCGCCGCGUUUGGCUACCUCUUCUCCCACCGACAGGCUAUCCCCACAGAGUUACAGCUUGUCGACACCGCGCGGCUCAUCCUCGAGCACCACCUCCAGUCUGAGACCUCGUCCGUCGAUAUCGUCACCGGCAUGGUCCUCCGAGUCGGCUACCUGCGCAUGACAUCCUCGCCGCACGCUGCCUGGAUGGCGAGCUGCUCCCUCAUGCACCUCAUCGAGGCCAGCGGUCUCCAUCUCGAACAGGCCCCUGAUACGAUGCUCGACCACUCGCCGGAACUCUGCGACCCGGAGACGCGGCGGCGGCUGUACGGGAUGGCGCGGCAUUUCAACGUCUGGAUCUCAUUCGAGCUCGGCCGCACGCGAGUUGUCCUGCACGGCGCCACCUCGGCCACCCCGACGCCGCGACAAACCGGCCACCCGACCGAGAUCUUCAACCUCCUCCCGGUCUCCGAGAGCCUCGACCCGAACAAAUCGCCGGACACCGCGGAGCUCGAGACCGCGCUCACCAACGUCCUCGACGACAUGCACCUGCACCUCAAGCCGGCGCUGAUCCUCGCCCAAUGCAACCUGAUGCUCUGCAUCUACCGGCGCCUCCGCGCCCUCAACCACGCCACCCCGGGGAAGCUUCUGGACCGGGUUCUCGAGCUGGCGGGGAAGGGGCUGCACGCGACGCGCGACAUGGUGAAUGCCAUCUGCCCGUGGCACCAGGUAGCCAACGUGCCAUUCCAGAUCGUCUGCACGUUGUUGGCCAUCGACAACCGCGCGUCGCUGGGCCUGCUGAACGAGGCCAUGCGAACCCUCCGCGAGGUCGCCACGGCGUACGACACGGCCGUGAUGCGCGAGGCCUACAGCACGGCAUACCUGCUCGUGGUGCUGCACCAGCAGCGCAAAGAGGAAGACACCAAGGCGCUGCGUGACGUUCUGAACACGAACCCUUCCUCGUCCUCGCUGCCGCAGGCCCCGGCUGUUGAGAACCAGCACCUGAGCCUGAACCUGAACCGCCACCAGCAGCAACAGCCUCUAGCAACGCCGAUGCCGACGGCAGCGGCAGAGUCAACGCAUUCGCUGGCCGAUUAUCCGGGAUUUUCGUGGCUCAGCGAUAUCCUGAUCGACAUUCCUGGUCUUCAGAACUUCGAUCUGGAUAAUUUCCUGACCACGGAUCUGCCAGGACAGGCGCAGGAUAUACAGUAG